AUGGAAGAGGAGAACUCGCAAGGCCCUGGAACUGGCAAGACAGCAAGCAAAUGUUGCCAUCCCAUCCAAGCUGGGAAUGGUGUUGAAUUCUGGGAAAGCCCUGUGCCAGAGAUCUGUUAUAAGGUCACAGAGAUCUCAAACGUACAUUGCCAACGGUUCCGGCAGUUCCGUUACCAUGAGGCCAACGGACCCCAAGAGGUUUGGAGCCAGCUAAAUGGACUUUGCAAUGAUUGGCUGAAGCCAGAGAAACAUACCAAGAAGCAGAUACUGGACCUGGUGAUCUUGGAGCAAUACCUGGCCAUCCUACCCCAGGAAAUGCAGUGCUGGAUGUGGAGACCAUCCGUGAAGAUAGAAGCUACAUUCCCUGAAGUGGAAGGAGCUCCUUUGGAGGAAGGGCAGAGAGCCCAGGUCCAGGUGUGUGCCCAAGAUGCCCUCUCCCAUGAGGAUAAUCAGAAGAAUGAGGAUGGUGACGAUCUUCAUCAGCAAUUGCCAGAUAAAAUAAAACAUGAAGAGUUGAAAGGAAACAUCAGGAAUCAAGACAAACUUAAGAGGCAGAAAGGCAGCCACCUGCUCAAGAAGACAGAUCAAUCCAUUCCUUGCCAACAGGGGGAUUUCCAAAAAGUCAUUCAUGGGGUAGAAGAAACAUACAAGUACUCAGAAAAUAGAAUGAACUUUUCAGAUCAAACCCAAUAUAAUUUCCAUUUCCAGGGAAAGAAAUUCAGUUUGAGUGGCAAUCUUCAACACCCUCAAAAACCCCACAAAGUAGAUGAACCUUUUGAAUGCUCAGAGUGUGGAAAAAGAUUCAGUCACAGUGGCAAUCUUCAACAGCAUCAGAGAACCCAUACAAGGGGAAAACUUCUUGAAUGCUCAGAGUGUGGAAAGAGAUUCAGUCACAGUGGCAAUCUUCAACAGCACCAGAGAACCCACACAGGGGAGAAACCUUUUGAAUGUUCUGAGUGUGGAAAAAGAUUCAGUGUGAGUAGUAAUCUUCGACUGCAUCAAAGAACCCACACAGGGGAAAAACCUUUUGAAUGCUUAGAGUGUGGAAAGAAAUUCACUCUGAAUGGCCAUCUUCAGCAGCAUCUUAGAACCCACACAGGGGAUAAGCCUUUUGAAUGUUCUGAGUGCGGAAAGAAGUUCAAUCGCAGUGGCCUUCUUCUACAGCAUCAAAGCAUCCACACAGGGGAGAAACCAUUUGAAUGCUCAGAGUGUGGGAAGGGAUUCAGUCACAAACAUGGUCUUCAACAGCAUCAAAGAACCCACACAGGGGAGAAACCUUUUGAAUGUUCAGAAUGUGGGAAGAGGUUUAGUCGGGCUGGCAGUCUUCAACAGCAUGAAAGAAUACACAGAGGUGAGAAACCAUUUGAGUGCUCAGAGUGUGGAAAGAGAUUCAGUCAAAGUGGCCAUCUUUUGCGUCAUCAAAGAACCCACACAGGGGAGAGACCAUUUGAAUGCUCAGAGUGUGGGAAAAAAUUCACUCUGAAUGACCAUCUUCUACAGCAUCAAAGAACCCACACAGGGGAGAAACUUUUUGAAUGCUCAGAGUGUGGGAAAAAAUUCACUUUGAGUGGCCAUCUUCUACAGCAUCAAAGAACUCACACAGGGGAGAAACCUUUUGAAUGCUCAGAGUGUGGAAAGAGAUUCAGACACAGUUGCAGUCUCCAAGAACAUCAAAGAAUCCACACAGGGGAAAAGCCUUUUGAAUGCUCAGAAUGUGGAAAGAAAUUCAGUCAGAAUGGCGGUCUUCGACAGCAUCGACGAAUCCACUCAAGGAGAAAUCAUAUGUGGGCACCAUCCAUGAAGAAAGAAGCUACAAUCCCUGAGGCGGAAGGAGCUUCCUUGGAGCAAGGGCAGAGCUCGCAGGCCAUGGAGUGUGUCCAAAAUGCCCUGUUGUGUGCAGAGGAUGAUCUGAGAAAUGAGGAGGGUGAAGGACUUCAUCAGCGAAUGCCAGAUAGAGUUAAAAAUGAAGACUUGAAAGAAAACAUCAGGAAUCAAGAGAGACGGAACAUAGAGAAAGGCAGCUAUAUGGUUGAGAAGAGAGAUGGAACAAAGAGUACUGUCCAUUUUCAAAAGCACAAGAUGAUGAUGGCAAGUAAAUCCAUUCUGUGUAGAAAACACUACAGAAAAAGAUCGCAGCUCCUUGUGCACCAAAGAAUACGCAAAAGUAAGAAAACUUUUGAAUGCUCAGAGUGUAGAAGGAAAUUCAGUCAGAAAGACACAUACCAACAACAUCAGAGUACCCACACAGGGGAGAAACCUUUUGAACGUUCAGAAUGUGCAAAGAGAUUCAGUCAAGGUGACAAUCUUCAGCUCCAUCAAAAAAUGCACACAAAGGAGAAACAGUUUGAAUGUGCAGAGUGUGGAAAGAGAUUCAGUUGGAGUUGUAGUCUUCAGCUGCACCAAAGAACCCACUCAAGGGAGAAGCCUUUUGAAUGCUCAGAGUGUGGAAAGAGAUUCAGUCAGAGUGGUUUUCUUCAGCUACACCAAAGAACCCACUCAGGGGAGAAACCUUUUGAAUGCUUAGAGUGUGGGAAGAGAUUCAGUCAGAGUGGUUUUCUUCAGCUGCAUCAAAGAACCCACACAGGAGAGAAACCUUUUGAAUGCUCAGAAGCACAAGAGUGUGGAAAGAGAUUCAGUUAUAGUCGCACUCUUAAACAGCAUAAAAGAGCUCACCCAGGGGAGAAACCCUUUGAAUGCUCAGAGUGUGGAAAGAGAUUCAGUUACAGUCGCACUCUUAAACGGCAUAAAAGAGCUCACACAGGGGAGAAACCUUUUGAAUGCUCAGAGUGUGGAAAGAGAUUCAGUUACAGUGGCAAUAUGAAACAACAUAAAAGAACUCACACAGGGGAGAAACCUUUUGAAUGCUCAGAGUGUGGAAAGAGAUUCAAUCAGAGUGGUGAUCUUAAGCUACAUCAAAUAACACACACAAAGGAGAAACAAUUUGAAUGCACAGAGUGUGGAAAGAGAUUCAGUUGGAGUCGUAGUCUUCGGCUGCACCAAAGAACCCACUCAGGAGAAAAACCUUUUGAGUGCUCAGAGUGUGGAAAGAGAUUCAUUCAAAGGGGACAUUUUCAACGGCAUCAAAGAACCCACAUAGGAGAGAAACCUUUUGAAUGCUCAGACUGUGGAAAGAGAUUCAGUCACAGUAGCCGUCUUAUACAGCAUCAAAGAACCCACACAGGAGAGAAACCUUUUGAAUGCUCAGAGUGCGGAAAGAGAUUCAGUUGGAGUUGUAGUCUUCAGCUGCACCAAAGAACCCACUCAGGGGUGAAACCUUUUGAAUGCUCAGAGUGUGGAAAGAGAUUCAGUCACAGUAGCCAUCUUAUAGAGCAUCAAAGAACCCACACAGGAGAGAAACCUUUUGAAUGCUCAGAGUGUGGAAAGAGAUUCAAUUGGAGUCGUAGUUUUCAGCUGCACCAAAGAACCCACUCAGGGGAGAAACCUUUUGAAUGCUCAGAGUGUGGAAAGAGAUUCAGUUACAGCAGCUAUCUUAUACAGCAUCAAAGAACCCACACAGGAGAGAAACCUUUUGAAUGCUCAGAGUGUGGAAAGAGAUUCAGUUGGAGUCGUAGUUUUCAGCUGCACCAAAGAACCCACUCAGGGGAGAAACCUUUUGAAUGCUCAGAGUGUGGAAAGAGAUUCAGUCAGGGUUGCAAUCUUCAACAGCAUCAAAUAACCCACACAGGAGAGAAACCUUUUGAAUGCUCAGAGUGUGGAAAGGGAUUCAGUGUGAGUGCCCUUCUUCAACAUCAUCAAAGAACCCACACAGGAGAGAAAUCUUUUGCAUGCUUAGAGUGUGGAAAGAGAUUCAGUCAGGGUAGCAAUCUUCAACAGCAUCAAAGAACCCACACAGGAGAAAAACCUUUUGAAUGCUCAGAGUGUGGAAAGAGAUUCAGUCAGGGUAGCAAUCUUCAACAGCAUCAAAGAACCCACACAGGGGAGAAACCUUUCGAUUGCUCAGCAUGUGGAAAGAAAUUCAGUCAGAGUGGCCAUCUUCAGCAGCAUCAAAGAAUCCACACAGGGGAGAAACCUUUUGAAUGCCCAGAGUGUGGAAAGAGAUUCAAUCGGAGUAGCCAUCUUCUACAGCAUCAACGAACCCACACAAGAGAGAAACGUUUUGAUUGCCCAUACAUCCCUUUUUAUUUUGAGGAGAGAGAAGCCUCUCUUCAUAGCCAAGUAACUCAAGGCAUCGGUACACAGCCAGAGGUGACUCGAGAGAAGGGGAAAGAGAUGGAAGAGCUGAACCCAGAAAGACCUGGAACUGGCAAGACAGCAAGGAAAGGCGCACAUCCCACCCAAGCUGGGAGUGGUGUUGAAAUCUGGGAGAGCUUGGGGCCAGAUAUCUGUGCUCAGCUCGCUGGUCUCUCAGAUGUAGAUUGCCAACGCUUCCGGCAGUUCCACUACCAUGAGGCUGAUGGGCCCCGAGAAGUUUGCAGUCAGCUCCAUAGACUUUGCAACCACUGGCUGAAGCCGGAGAGACGCACCAAGAAGCAGAUUGUGGACCUGAUAUGGACACCAUCCAUGAAGAAAGAAGCUACAAUCCCUGAGGUGGAAGGAGCUUCCUUGGAGCAAGUGCAGAGUGCGCAGAUCAUGGAGCAUGUCCAAGAUGCCCUGUUGUGUGUCUAUGUGAAACAAGGUGGAAAUAUAAGACAGACUAUUUUGGAGACAGACAACAACCUUGCAUGGAAAGAAAGGCUGGAGAGUUCCUCAAGAGGAUCGCAAGAGCCUAUUUCCUACCCCAGCGUGUUGACUGAGAGGGAGAAACCUUUUGAACACUCAGAGUGUGGAAACAGAUUCAAGUUGAAUGGCACUCUUCAACAGCAUAAAAGAACUCACACAGGGGAGAAACCUUUUGAGUGCUCAGAGUGUGGAAAGAAAUUCAUCACAAAUGGUGAUCUUAAACAGCAUAAAAGAAUACACCCAGGGGACAAACCUUUUGAAUGCUCAGAGUGUGGAAAGAGAUUCAGAACAAGGGGACAACUUCAGCUGCAUCAAAGAACCCACACAGGGGAGAAACCUUUUGAAUGUUCAGAGUGUGGAAAGAGAUUCAGAACAAGUGGACAACUUCUGCUGCAUCAAAGAACCCACACAGGGGAGAAACCUUUUGAAUGUUCAGAAUGUGGAAAGAGAUUCAGUGUGAGUUUCAGGCUUCAGGAGCAUUAUAGAACUCACACAGGGGAGAAACCUUUUCAGUGUUCAGAGUGUGGAAAGAAAUUCAGUCGGAGUAGCCAUCUUCAGCAGCAUCAAAGAACCCACACAAGGGAGAAACCGUUUGAAUGUUUAGAGUGUGGAGAGAGAUUCAGUGUGAGUUUCAGUCUUCAAGAGCACCAAAGGACCCACUUAGGAGAGAAACCUUUUGAAUGCUCAGAGUGUGGAAAGAGAUUCAUUCAGAGUGGUGAUCUUCAGCUGCAUCAACGAACCCACACAAAGGAGAAACCGUUUGAAUGCUUAGAGUAUGGAAAGAGAUUCAUUGUGAGUUCCAGUCUUCAAGAGCACCAAAGGACCCACUCGGGGGAGAAACCUUUUGAAUGUUCAGAGUGUGGAAGGAGAUUCUGUCGGAGUAGCCAUCUUCAACAGCAUCAAAGAACCCACACAGGAGAGAAACCUUUUGAAUGCUCAGAGUGUGGAAAGAGAUUUGGUCAGAGUAGCCAUCUUCUACAGCAUCAAAGAACCCACACAGGAGAGAAACCUUUUGAAUGCUCAGUGUGUGGAAAAAGAUUCAAUCAGAGUAUCCAUCUUCAACAGCAUCAGAGAACCCACACAGGAGAGAAACCUUUUGAAUGCUCAGAGUGUGGAAAGCGAUUCAGUUGGAGUCGUAGUCUUCAGCAACACCAAAGAACCCACACGGGGGAGAAACCUUUUGAAUGCCCAGAAUGUGGAAAGAGAUUCAGUGUGAGUUUCAGUCUUCAAGAGCAUUAUAGAACCCACACAGGAGAAAAGCCUUUUGAAUGCUCAGUGUGUGGAAAGAGAUUCAGUCAGAGUAGCCAUCUUCAGCAGCAUCAAAGAACCCACACAGGAGAGAAACCUUUUGAAUGCUCAGAGUGUGGAAGGAGAUUCAGUUGGAGUCGUAGUCUUCACCGGCACCAAAGAACCCACAUUGGGGAAUGACCUUUUGAAUGAUCGGGGCGUGGAAAGAAAUUCAGUCAGAGUUACAGUCUUCAACAACAUCAGAGAACCCACAAAGGAAAAAAACCUUUUGUUUGCCCAUUCCACAUCAGUAAGAGUAUCUUCCCACAGUCGGAGGGGGCCCAAGAAAAGGGGAAAGAAAUGGAAGAGGAGGACCCAGAGGGACCUGGAAUAGGCAAGAGAUCAAGGAGAAGUCCCCAUCCCACCCAGGCUGGGAGUGUUGUUGAAUUGUGGGAAGCAGCUGAGGCGGACACUAUGACUGCAGAUGUACGUAGCCGAUGCUUCCGGCAGUUCCGCUACCAUGAGGCUGAUGGACCCCGAGAGGAAAUGCAGAACUGGGUCAGAGAAUGUGGGCCGGAGACCAGUUCCCAGGCAGUGGCUCUGGCUGAAGGCUUCCUCCUAAGUCAAGCAGAGGAGAAGAGGCAGGCAGAACAGAUGGGCGGACAAUCCAUAAAGAUGGAAGUGAAGUUUUCUGGGGGAGAAGGAGCUCUGUCAGAGGGAACUCAGAGGGCACAGAGCCAGAAACGUGCCCAAGAUGCCCAGUCAAAUGGCGGUGAAGAAACCUUGUCAAGCUAUCAUCUUCCCAAAGGAGUGCAAAUGUUUUCUUCACCCCUGGUCCAGAACUACAGCUUGCACCCUCCCAGAAUGCCCAUCAAGAAUAUAGUCACUGCCUGA